GAAGCGGCACCAGUUGGCCAGGUUAGAGGAGCUUUACAUACGUGAGAAAAUACAUCAGCUGGAGGACUGAUCUGAUUUUCAUUGGUGCACUUGAAUCCAAUAAAUUCACAGAGCUGUCACCGGCGCUCUAUCAUGCAUGUUUUUAGGAUCUGGCGUGUUCUGUGUGUGCUUGGUACCGUGGGUUCUACUUUGAGUGUCAAUGAGCUUGAAUAUGAGGGAGACGUUGCGGACAACUACGACAAUGAGAUUUCUCCGGACCAGCAGGAGGGGGAAUCUCCAAAUGCUCCGUGCCAUGCGGACUUCUCCCGCUGGGACAAGCUUUUCAUCGCUCUGGAAGACUCUCACAUGAGGCAGAACAUGCUGCUGGAGUCUUUGGAGCAGUGCUGUGGAGGAAUGCACUCUCUGAGGAACCAGGUGGACAAGCUGGCCAGAGGGGCCGGUCAGCAGUGCCAGACGCCGGCGUGCACCGCCCAGGCGAGUCUCAAUCUGCAACGCAGCCUGGUGGAGCUCAGGCAGGAGGAAGCCGAAAGGGAGAGGAGAAUGAACACCACCUUAGAAAUGAUCCUGCACAGCAGCCACGAGGAAACUGUGCGACUGAAGCGUCUGGAGGAGGCUUUGCCAUCGCUAUCAGCAGGUAGAAGCCAUCCAACACCGAGACCCGGAGGUUUGGGGAUGAAGAUGCUCUCACCUGACCUGUGGGAGCAGGGAGUGCCUUCACCUCUGGAAAUGGCAACAAUGGAAAGGGCUCUGGUCUCUAUGGCAACAGAGUUGCAGCAGGUUCACCUGCAGUUGAGCAAAAUGAUCGAGCUGGCAGGGAUGCAGCAGCGGGGCAGAGGAGACACAUGAAAUGCCCAGAGGAAAAAGCUCUAUAAAGGAGGGCUGAAAUGUUGCAAAUAGUUUUUUUUUCAUUCUCUUUUUACGAUGUGAGUUUUUUUUUAAGUAGUAUUGUGCUUCAUAAAAUUGUAGAUUUGCUACAAUGAAUAAAAAUAAA